AUGAACACGAAAGGUCAGAUUCUUUGGCAAAGCUUUGAUUAUCCAACUGAUACUCUUUUACCUUCUCAAACAUUAACGAAGAGCAAAAGCUUGAAAUCUACUUUAAGAAAAGGUAGUUUUCAACCUGGAUAUCAUAGUUUCAGUUAUAAUAGUAUUAACAUUUUAACACUGCUUUAUGAUGGCCCAGAAAUAUCAAGUGUGUAUUGGCCUAGUCCUGAUCCAGGAUUUAAUAUUUGGGAUUACCGAAGAACCUCCUAUAAUAGUAGCAGAAUCGCAGUCUUUAAUGAUUUGGGUGUAUUUAAGUCAAGCGAUCUGUUGCUGUUUAAUGCUUCAGAUAUGGGUUUUGGGAUCAGAAGGAGGUUAACCAUGGAUUACGAUGGUAAUCUCAGAUUCUAUAGCUUGAAUGAAUCAACAGGAUUGUGGUCGAUCUCAUGGCAAGCUGUUGCACAACCAUGUAAUAUCCAUGGAAUCUGUGGGAGGAACGGGAUUUGUGUUUAUGGUGGAAAACCCGAAUGCUCAUGCCCUACUCAUUAUGAGUGGAGUGACCCUACUGAUUUUAGUCAAGGUUGUAAGCCUACUUUCAACAGAACAUGUGUAAACUCCACAAGGUUUGGAUUUUUGCCAAUGCGGUAUACUGAUUACUUUGGCUUUGAUCUAAAUUUCUCAUCAUCCAUUUCGCUUGAAUCCUGUAGAAACAUCUGCUUGGCAGAUUGUCGUUGUCAAGCAUUUGUUUAUAAGCUACCAGGUAUAGGUGAUUGCUAUGUUAAAAGUGCUCUCUUCAACGGUUAUCGGUAUCCUAAAUUCGCAGGAACCAUCUACUUAAAAAUACCACUAGGCAUGCAAACGCCAGAAUCUGCCUCAAUCCUUACUGGUUUAAAGGCCACAUGUGCAGAUGUCCCCGUUAUGAUUGGUUUUCCAUCUAUGUAUGAAUCAUCUGGAGGAAAGGUAAAAUGGGUUUAUCUUUACUCGUUUGCUAUAGCUUUUGGUUUAGUUGAAGCUUUGGUUAUCGUAAUGGGCUGGUGGGUAUUCUAUGUAAACAACGAAUUACUAAAGAACCUAGAAGAAGGGUAUCGUAUGGUAUCUAGUCAAUUUAGAGGGUUUAGUUAUAAAGAGCUGUUGGAGGCGACACAGAACUUUAAGGUGGAGAUAGGCCGAGGAGGAUCAGGAGUUGUGUAUAAAGGGAUUCUGGAAGACGAAAGGGUGGUGGCUGUGAAAAGAUUGGGAGAUGUGAGUGACGGGGGAGAGUUUUUUACAGAAUUGAGCACAAUAGAAUUGACGAAGGGAAUUCGGCUUUCUAAUUUAAGUGUUCAUGGAGGAGAAGAGGAAGAAUCAGAGCUCCUAAGGUUUGCAAGGGAAACAAAAACAAAGAUUCGAGAAGAAAAAGGAUUAUGGUUCGAAGAGAUUGUUGAUCCGAGGUUGGGAGGGUUAUUUAGUAGGAAGCAGGCCGCAACAUUGGUUGAGGUCGGUCUUAGUUGUGUCGAUGAAGACAGGCAUAAAAGGCCGACAAUGGAUUCAGUAGUCCAAGUUCUAAUUGAUUGUCAGCCAGAGUAG